AUGAACAUAGGAGGUCGACUUCCUCGACGGCGUCUGCGCAGUAACGGUAUUCAGUUUGGACAACAUCUCUGCAAGGAUAUAGCGCUCUCUUCGUUAUCAGAGUGUUCAUCGGCCUUCUACAAAGAAGGAAGAGCGCUGUCCGGUGUUGGAUAG